AGUGAUUGUCUUUUAUUCACUUUGAUCAACCAUUUCUAAGCAAUAUGACAGGUUUAUCGUUAGCUGAGUAUCUUUGGGAAAAUAUGAACUCUGUUCAGUUUAAUGUGAGACUAUUGGAAACAUAUACUUUACAAACUCGUAAUGAAAAUCGAAAUAAAUUCAUUUGUGCCUUCAAGAACUUGAAACGGCGAAAACGAUAUAACAAAAGAACCAUGAAUCCAAAGAUUUGCAAAUUAAAAAAGGACUUAGAUGAGUUCUUAAAAACUACCGAGUGCAAGGAUUACUUUAUGAACUGUGCUCUUAUUUCUUCUAUCAACAAUGAAGAAAUUGCAAGAGAGAUUUUCAAGUCAUCAAUAAGAUCUGCUACUUAUACAAAGAAGACACGGGGUGUGAAGAGGCAAAGAUCGAAUAAUGAUAACGAAGAAGAAGAAGAAGAGAAGAACGAAGAUGAUCCAUCUUCACUACAUAAUCAUCUGCCACAGCAGCUACAACCACAGGCAGAGCAACAACAGCAAGAAAAUGAUGCUGUAGACUCGAAGAAGAACAUACUAUGGUCAUUUUUAAUUCUUUGGGUGAGGAUGAGUCAUUCAACUCUCUUAAAGAACAAGAAGCUAACUGUAGUGUCCUGGAUUAUCUUGACGGUGAUGGCCAAUUGAUGUGGAACCCAAUGCAUUUUGAUUCUUUUAUUUUACACAAUUCACUAUGGCGGAAAAUAUGGUAGAAAAGUUACCAAUAUGGUAGCAAAGUUACCAAUUUUGACAGUUAAAAU